AUGAGCUUCUGGUUCAAUAUAAUCGUCGGCCUCCUUGCCUCUUCCGCCAUUCUUCUCAGCGUCUAUUACGGUAAACCGCGCUACGAACCACUGAAAAUCGAGCCGGACGACUAUUGGAAACUCGAGGAGCCCGAGAAAGAUGACGAUACGAUAUAUGCGUACUCGAUUCAGGUCGAGGAGAAACGGUAAGUUUUUCGUGUUCAUUUUCAACGUGAAAGUUUAAAAAGUUUUGUUUCCCUUUAGAAUAUCCGACUUCAAAGUGAAACUCAAGUCCGAACGCUUUCUACCGACUUUGUACGACGAAGAGAGCGAUCAAUUCAUGGGUGAUCUGAAAGAAGUGCUUCUGAAGUUCGAUUGGAGUCAACAUCAGCACUUUCUCAACACCUUCAAACAGUAUCGGACAGAAAUCGAAGGCCUCCGAGUCCACUUUCUGCGAGUCUCCACGCCGCCAACGGAGCCGAAGACAAAAGUGGUGCCCCUGCUGAUUCUACACGGAUUCCCGGGCAGUUUCUGGGAUUUCUUCAAGAUCAUUCCGAUUCUCACGAAUCCUUCGCGUCACGGAUUCGAUUUCGGCGUCGAAGAAUCGAUCCAAUUCGACGUGAUCGUGCCCAGCCUUCCCGGUUUUCUUUUCUCGGAUAAGCCAGUCAAACCGGGAUUCGAUGCGGUCGCCACCACUCGGAUUCUCGCAAAACUCAUGUAUCGACUCGAUCUCUCCGAUUAUUUUGUUUACGGUACGGAAGGGUACGGUGGUGACGUGGCAACUCUUCUGGCGUCUCUGUACCCGUCAAGAGUGGCCGGACUGCAAGUCUCGAAUCCGUUCGUGAGACCUUCGUUCUCGACGCCCACGUUCACAAAGUACGCUUGGAAGGCAUUGAGUAAAAAGACGGUCGAGGAGGGAAAAGAAGAAGAGGAAGCGAGGUUCACAGACAUUUAUGAUUACUACAGGCAGGAGAAGUUCACUUAUCCUUCGGCCCUUUUGAUCGGUGAGUCAGUCUUCUGCUCCUUGAGCAUUCGUAAAUUUCAGGCGAUGCCCUUCUCAAUUCCCCAUCCGGAACCGUCAAAUUCAUCGUCACCCGGUGGAAGCAACUAUCCUCGUUCUCAGGUCGAACACCCCUUCGCCGACUGUUCACUCUUGACGAGAUCGCCACCGAAAUCUACCUGUACUGGCUGACAGACUCUCUGCCCUCGGCGCUUUCCAUUCUGGACAACAGCUACAAUUCGGAAGUGGAUCAUUGGCUCCACGCGCAAGUACAAGUGCCCACGGCCCUCAGCUACUCGACGGAAACGCCUUGGAGGUGUUCGAAGAAUAUUCUGGAGGAUGUGUUUCUGAAUGUCACUAGAGUCAGUGAUCAUCUUGCGAAGGGCGGCACAUUCCAUCAGUUGCAAGACGGGCACAAGACUGCCGAGGACAUUUUUGCGUUUGUUGAAUUUCAGUUGUUGCAUAAUAAGUAG